CAUCACUAUCACCAUCGCUACCUCACCACCAACCUCACCACCAACCUCACCACCAACCUCACCACCAACCUCAACAAUCCACCCAAUUCAUCAAAAUGGCCACCCUCUCCCGCGUAACCCGCAUCUGCAACCCAGCACUCUUUAUCUGCGACCUGCAAGAAAAAUUCCGCCAUGCCAUUUACGAAUUCUCCAAAGUGUCCGUCCCCAUCCCCUCCCCCGACCCCAAAACUAACAACAUACAGAAUAACCACAACCACCAAACUCCUCCACGCAACCACCCCCUCAACAUCCCAAUCUACAUAACCACCCAAUCGCGAAACAAACUCGGCCCUACCGUCCCCGAACUAACCGCCCUCCUUUCCCCCCCAACACCAAACAUAAUCGCCGACAUUGACAAAACCCUCUUCUCAAUGAUAACGCCCGAGAUCGACGCCCUGCUACCAGCCCAACCGCUCGAUGUUCUUCUCGUGGGAAUAGAAACCCACAUUUGCGUGACUCAAACCACACUUGAUCUAUUGGCCAGAGGGCAUAGGGUCUAUGUGAUUGUGGAUGGGGUGAGUAGUGUGAAUAAGGAUGAGAGGGGGGUUGCGAUUGCGCGGUUGCGGGAUGCGGGGGCGAUAGUGACGACGAGUGAGAGUGUGUUGUUUGAGAUUUUGGGGGAUGCGAAGCAUCAGGCGUUUCGGGCGGUGAGUGGGGUGGUUAAGGAGAUGAAGGAGGAAACGAGGGGGCGGUGGAGAGUUUGGCGAAGUUUUGAGAGUUGUGUAUGGAUAGAUAGAUGUCUUUGAGUGGGUUUGAGUAGAUGGGGGGAAUGGAUUCUAUAUGUGGAUUAUAUGGGAUGGAAUCAGCUAUUUCUUAUGC